AUGUGCGAUCGUUAUCAAAAAUCAUACCGGCUCGGACGUCGCCCGGGUGAACAAGGUUCGCGUGCUCUGUCGAAGAACCAGGGCAGAGUCGAAAAAUCGGUUACUGGAACAAACACAACGACAAUCACAACAAACACGGCAACAGCAACCGCUACAUCACCAUCAACAGCGCCAAUGGAAACUACAAGAAAAGCACCAACUACAACAACUGCAUCAACAGCAACAACAGCUAUCAAAUGUGACACACAGACAUUGAAGACGACGAAGGACAUUUUUACCGUUGGAACUUGGAAUGUUCAAACGUUAUGGGCAACUGGGAAGCUCGAACUGUUAAGACAUGAAAUGAAGUGA